AUGGGCCCUGUGACCCCAGCCCACGCUGGGACCUAUAGGUGUUAUGGUUUUUCUCUUCACUCUUCUACAUGGUCAGCACCCAGUGACCCCCUGAAGAUCAUAGUCACAGGUCUGUACAGAGAACCCUCCCUCUCGGCCCAGCCUGGUCCCUUGGUGAAACUGGGAGAGAAUGUGACCCUGCGGUGCUGCUCAGAGGUCAUGUUUGACACCUACAUACUCCACAAAGAGGAGGAACCCAAGGACCCCUUGAGCCUUGUUGAGAGAUUCCAUGGUGGCAGCUCUCAGGCUGACUUCUCCUUGGGUGCUAUGACGUCAGCCCAUGCGGGGACCUACAGAUGCUACGGUUCUCUCAGGCACUCCCUCUACAACUGGUCGGCCCCCAGUGACCCCCUGGAGGUCAUAGUCACAGGUCGUCCUGACAAGCCCUCUCUGACUGCCUGGCCGAGCCAAAUCGUUCCUCAAGGACAUUAUGUGACUCUUCGGUGUCACCCUCAUCUUGGGUUUGCCUUGUUCAGAUUGUACAAGGAAGAGGGGUCUCUUGUCUCUGAGCUCCCGAAGGCAUUGCUCAGGAAUGAUUAUGUCAUGGGCCCUGUGACUCCAGCCCACGCUGGGACUUAUAGGUGUUGUGGUUCGUCUCAUCCCUCUUCUACAUGGUCAGCACUCAGUAACCCCCUGAAGGUCAUCGUCACAGAGGUCAUGUUUGACACCUACAUACUCCACAAAGAGGAGGAACCCAAGGACCCCUUGAGCCUUGUUGAGAGAUUCCAUGGUGGCAGCUCCCAGGCUGACUUCUCCUUGGGUGCUAUGACGUCAGCCCAUGUGGGGACCUACAGAUGCUACGGUUCUCUCAGGCACUCCCUCUACACCUGGUCGGCCCCCAGUGACCCCAUGAAGCUCGUGAUCAAAGGUGAGAGUUCUCAGACCUAUGCCGUGACACCGAACAGAGAGCCUGAGGUGGACAGAAUGGUGAAUAAGGAGGACCCUGAAGAAGGAGGCCCACAAGAGGUGACAUACGCAGAGUUGAAUCCUCGGAUUCUCAAUCAGAAAAAAGUCACUCCCACUUCUAAGGACUCCCCGGCUGAUUCCAGUGCAUACAUGGAAUUGUCUCCACGUUAA